AGCUGUUCUGCACCCCGCUCGUUUCUUAAUUUCUCCAGACUUUUUCAUCUUUUUAUUAAAAAGACACGCAGACAAUUGAGCUGUGGUGGUUGAUUGAUUCACCGGUAGAGUGAAGCAAGGGCCUGCAAAAUUCCAGCUUCAACUUUAAGCUCCAUCGCUGCUUACAACUUCAGCUUCCAUAGCUUCCGUGCCCCUCCUUUUGGUGCAGCAAAAAACGUCACUUGCAGCGUCUUUCGGCCGCUCUUCUUUCUCUCCAUCAUCCCUGAUCCUCCCCUUCUUUUCACUUCCUUCUACACAACGACACAAUGCCCGUAUCAGUAGGAACGCCGCAGACCCUUUACGAUAAGGUGCUCUCGAGCCACAUUGUCGACGAGAAGCUCGACGGCACAAUCCUCCUCUACAUCGACAGACACUUGGUUCAUGAAGUGACAUCACCGCAAGCAUUUGAGGGUCUCAAAUCUGCCGGCCGCCAAGUCCGCAGACCGGACUGCACCCUGGCCACCACCGAUCACAAUGUCCCCACCACAUCCCGAAAAGGCAUCAAGGACAUCGCGACCUUCAUCAAGGAGGAUGAUUCCCGCACACAAUGCGUUACCCUCGAAGAGAACGUCAAGGAGUUCGGUCUGACAUAUUUCGGCCUGGGCGACAAGCGCCAGGGAAUUGUCCAUGUCAUUGGGCCUGAGCAGGGCUUCACCCUCCCCGGCACCACCGUCGUCUGCGGUGACAGCCAUACCUCCACACACGGUGCCUUUGGCUCCCUCGCUUUUGGCAUUGGUACCAGUGAGGUUGAGCACGUUCUGGCUACCCAAUGCUUAAUCACCAAGCGCAGCAAGAACAUGCGCGUUCAGGUUGACGGAGAGCUCGCCCCUGGUGUCAGCUCCAAGGACGUCGUGCUGCACGUCAUUGGCAAGAUUGGCACUGCUGGAGGUACCGGCGCUGUCAUUGAGUUCUGCGGCUCCGUUAUUCGAGCCCUCAGCAUGGAGGCCCGUAUGUCCAUCUGCAACAUGUCCAUCGAGGGUGGCGCCCGUGCCGGUAUGGUAGCCCCUGACGAGCACACCUUUGAAUACCUCAAGGGCCGUCCCUUGGCUCCCAAGUAUGGAUCCGACGAAUGGGACAGAGCUGUUGCCUACUGGAAGUCUCUGGCUUCCGAUGAGGACGCCAAGUACGAUAUCGACGUUUUCAUCGAUGCCAAAGACAUCAUCCCAACCGUCACUUGGGGUACCAGCCCUGAGGAUGUUGUCCCAAUUACCGGCAAGGUCCCUGACCCAGAGACCUUCGCCACCGAGACCAAGAAGGCAGCUGGUCGCAGGAUGCUGGAGUAUAUGGGACUGACAGCCGGAACUCCCAUGGAGGAGAUUGCCGUUGACAAGGUCUUUAUCGGUUCCUGUACCAACUCGAGAAUCGAAGAUAUGCGAGCUGCGGCCCACGUCGUCAAGGGCAAGAAGAUUGCCUCCAACAUCAAGCGAGCCAUGGUGGUCCCCGGCUCUGGUCUUGUCAAGACGCAGGCCGAGGCCGAGGGCAUCGACCAGGUCUUCAUUGACGCCGGAUUCGAGUGGAGGGAGGCUGGCUGCAGUAUGUGUCUCGGCAUGAACCCUGACAUUCUGUCGCCUAAAGAACGCUGCGCCAGUACCUCUAACCGAAACUUCGAGGGCCGUCAAGGAGCCGGUGGUCGGACUCACCUCAUGUCUCCUGUCAUGGCUGCUGCCGCUGCCAUUACGGGCAGGCUUACUGAUAUUCGCAAGCUGACCGAGUACACUGCCAGCCCUCACGUUCAGGCUCGUGUUUCUUCCACCACCCCCGUUGAGGCCCCUCACAUCGAUGAGCGUGUCGAGGAUUCUGAUGAGCGAGAGGUCAUCGGAGACCAGCCACAGGAUCUCCAGCCACACACCAACACCCUGGUGCCCAAGACUGAUUCUGCUGGCAUGCCCAAAUUCCUCACUCUCAAGGGAAUUACAGCUCCUAUGGAUCUGGCCAACGUCGACACUGAUGCCAUCAUUCCUAAGCAGUUCCUGAAGACGAUUAAGCGUACCGGGCUGGGCUCAGCUCUCUUCCACAACCUGCGCUACCUUCCUGACGGUGCUGAGAACCCUAGCUUCGUCCUGAACCAGGAGCCAUACAGGGGCUCCAAGAUUUUGGUCUGCACUGGCCCCAACUUCGGCUGCGGAUCAUCUCGAGAGCACGCCCCUUGGGCCCUGCUUGACUUUGGCAUCAAGGCCGUCAUUGCGCCGUCAUUUGCCGACAUCUUCAACAACAACAUGUUCAAGAACGGCAUGCUGCCCAUCCAAAUCUCCAGCAAGGCCGACAUCGACGCCAUCGCCGCUGAGGGUCGCGCCGGAAGGGAAGUGGAAAUUGACCUGCCCAACCAGCUCAUCAAGAACGCAGCCGGCGAAACCAUCUGCGCGUUCGACGUUGAGGAGUUCCGAAAAUACUGCCUGGUUAAUGGCUUUGACGACAUUGGUCUGACAAUGCAGCUCAAUGACAAGAUUGUCGAGUUUGAGAAGAGACGAACAAUUCACACCCCUUGGCUGGAUGGCACCGCCUACCUGAAGAGAGGCAAGGAUGGUCGCCUGGCUGCCAAGGCGGUGCCCGUGCCAAAGACAAACCGUGGAGAAGAGAAGAAGGAGCCGCUGGAGUGGUGAUUUGGGUGCCUCUUUUAGUUUCUUCCUCUUUCCCUCUUGUUUACCCUUUGCUAAAAUCUCCUUUUAAUUUCUCUCUUGGCUUCUUUUUCUCGUUUUAUGAUAUCUAAAAAGACGAAUAAUUACGUCGAGUCUAUCAUUAAAAAGCCCAGUGCGGGUUGAUAUGACAAAAGGAGGGGAUAGUGGAUAUGGGCUCCUAUUUAGCGAGCCAUGUCGGCCGAGGGCCAUGCAUCAAAAAGGAAUUGCGUUGUUUUGCUAUGUGUGCACAUACAUGAGACAGGGAACUUUACUUAGUUUUUGCUUAGUUGCUUGAAAACACGAUCCAUUUCGAUUUUCAAAGGUACUAUUUUGCUU